UUGGGCUUUCUUUUUCUAGGGCUCAGCCGAUCCUCUUAAUAGUGCAUUUCAUCUGACCUAUAACAUGGUUUUGAACCUCCUUCGUGUUGAAGAAAUAAAUCCUGAAUACAUGUUGGAAAAAUCCUUCUACCAGUUUCAGAAUUACAAAGCAAUCCCAGGAGUGGUAGAAAAAGUCAAGAUAUUGGAAGGCCAAUACAAUGAAAUUGAAAUUCCCAAUGAAGAAAAUGUCGUUACUUACUACAAAAUAAGGCAGCAGCUGGCUAAACUGGGUAAAGAAAUUGAGGAGUAUAUACACAAACCAAAAUACUGCUUGCCAUUUCUACAGCCAGGCAGACUUGUUAAGGUGAAAAAUGAUGACGAUGACUUUGGUUGGGGAGUUGUCAUAAAUUUCAAUAAGAAAUCUAAUGUGAAGCCUAACACUGGAGAACUGGACCCCUUAUAUGUGGUGGAGGUAUUAUUGCUUUGCAAUAAAGACAGCGUAAAACUUGCAGCAUCAGGAGCAGCUAAACCAGCUAAACCAGGGGAGAAAGGAGAGAUGCAGGUUUGUGGAUUAUAGUUAAUUUCAAUGCAA